AUGGCCAAAGGAGCUAAGAGAAAGACCAAGCACACUGAAGAUUCCAAACCUGAUUACGAACCUGCUACAGCUACAGGUUCAUCGCAGGAAAACGAAAGCCAAAAUCAAAUAACCAAAGUGCCUCCCAAAGUAAAGCGUGUUAAAACCUUAAAACCCCAAUCUGAGCCGGAAUAUUUUGAAGAUAAACGCAACUUGGAGGAUUUGUGGGUUGAAACAUUUCCUGUUGGAACUGAGUGGGAUCAAUUGGAUUCCUUGUAUGAUAUCAAAUGGAAUUUCUCUAAUUUAGAAAAUGCAUUUGAAGAGGGUGGCUUGUUGUCUGGGAAGAAGGUUUACCUCUUUGGUUGCACCGAGCCUCAACUGGUCAUGCAUAAAGGGGAAAAUAAAGUUAUCUGCAUUCCGGUUGUUGUAGCGGUUGUAUCACCUUUUCCACCAUCUGAUAAAAUUGGGAUUAACUCCGUUCAGAGAGAGGCUGAAGAGAUAAUUCCCAUGAAGCAAAUGAAAAUGGACUGGGUUCCAUACAUUCCUCUGGAGGACCGAGAUAGCCAAGUGGAAAGACUGAAGACUGAAAUAUUUAUACUUCGUUGCACGCAAAGAAGGUCUGCUUUAAAACACCUGAAGUUGGAUAGAUUAAAGAAAUACGAGUACUGCUUGCCUUAUUUCUAUCAGCCCUUUAAGGAAGAUGAGUUUGAACAGAGCACUGAGGUUCCAAUAAUCUAUCCAGUUGAGCCAAAACCGGUCUUCUGUGAGUUUGAUUGGGAAUUAGACGAACUUGAGGAAUUCACCGAUAAGCUUAUCGAGGCAGAAGAGUUAUCAGCAGACCAAAAGGACGCCUUCAAGGAAUUUGUCAAAGAAAAAGUUCGGGAAGCAAAGAAAGCCAACAGAGAGGCAAGGGAGGCACGGAAGAAAGCCAUCGCAGAAAUGAGUGAGGAAGCUAAAGCUGCAUUUGACGCCAUGAGAUUUUAUAAGUUCUACCCUGUUCAAUCUCCAGAUGCACCUGAUGUGUCUAGUGUUAAGUCACGGUUCAUAAACAGGUAUUACGGAAAGGCUCACGAGGUUCUCUGA